UGUCCUAAUCCAUUGGCUGUUGCAAAAGUCUUCUUUACCGUUAUAGUGCCCCAAUACUUACCAAAACACUAUCCAAUUAAGGUGAUCUAUCGCUUUGAAGGCUAUAGCACACAUUAUCAUGCAAAUGGGCCACGUGAGAUGCGUACUAAGGAUUUUCAAAGGUACUUUAUUGAUUCAAUACUGCAAAGAAAACUGGUGUUCUAUGCAAAGAUAUUCGAAUGCCGCCAUCCACAUAUUAAAUUGAACAAAAGCAAACAAUUUAAGGAGAACGAUGAAAGUGAGGAGAAGAAUGGGGGUGUAGAAGAGGAGAAAAAUCCCGUUGAUGAUAUGAGUGACUAUGAUCUCGCCGGUUUAAAUAAUAAUGCAAAUGAUCAAACUGAUGAUUUUAUAAUCAAGAAUGCAAGCGAAUUAUACGAAGAGCAAAUAUUGUAA